UUUGUUUGGGCCGCAUCGCCGCACUUCCCAAACCCAGCGCGGCCCUCCUUCGUCCAGCACUUGCUCCGGUUCUCGCACGCCGUCAUGGAGCUCUCGCCGGAGCAUUCGCCGCCGACGACCACUACCACCGCCGGCUUCUCAGCUGGAGGAGGAUCCGAGCCAAGCCCUCCCACCAACUUCUCCUCUCUCUUCCCCCUCUUCCCGCUCGCCGCCCCCGCCGAGGUUUCCCAGUUUCUCCCGAACCCUAGCUUCUCUUUCGACGCCUCCUCCCUCAACAUCCCACCCGCUGCCUCCUCGUCCCUCCCGCCGCCGCUGAGCGCUUCUUCGGACGAGGAGGAGGCGGCGCCGAAGCCCGCGCCCGCGAAGUACGACCUGGUGCCCUCCUCGUCGUCCGACGACGAGAGGGGGUCGAGGCGGAAGGACAGGAAGAGGAGGAAGCGGAGAAGGGACCAGGAGCGCUAUGACGGGGCGGCUGCUUCGCGGAAGCCGGGCGUUCGCGCCUGGGCUGGGUCGGAGACGAAGCUGGUCAAGGAUUACUACUUCGACGCCAAGGGCGACCAGGAUAACUUGGCGUUUGGAUCCAUCUACAGAAUGGAUAUUGCACGCUACAAGCCUCAAAGCACACUGGAUGCACGUGGUCUGAACCGACGUUUCUAUAAUCAUGGACAUGCUUCAUCACAUAUGGAUCUAGAUUCAGAUUUGGAUGGACUGGAUAGCAAAGUAAAAGUUGGAGGUCGUUACUUCUCAGCAAAACAUGCUGUUUUAGAAAGAAACAAGGGUUUCAAACACCUGAAAGUGUUGAAAAGAGAUAAUGCAAUUCUCCCUGAAGAUUUUAUCCCUGUAGAGGCAUCAUCCGUUCCUGCAGAAAGCACAACCGCGCAACAUGAACUUGAGGAAUCUUGGGAAGAUGAAAUACUUCGGAGGACAAAAGAGUUCAAUAAGAUGACACGAGAAUCUCCCCAUGAUGAAAAAAUUUGGUUGGCCUUUGCUCAGUUUCAGGACAAAGUCGCCAGUAGUCAGCCACAAAAAGCUGCACGUUUGCAAACAACUGAAAGAAAGAUUAGUAUAUUGGAGAAGGCUUUGGAGCUCAAUCCAGAUAACGAGGAAUUGUUGCUUUGCCUUUUGAAGUCAUUUGGUGAGAGAGAUAGCACUGAGAGUCUCUUUGGUAAAUGGGAGAAAAUACUUAUGGAACACCCUGACAGUUGUAAGUUGUGGAAACAAUAUCUAAUUCUUUGCCAAGGGGAGUUCUCCAGAUUCAAAGUAUCUGAUACGCGGAAGUCUUACACAUAUGCAGUAGAGGCGAUAUCUGCAGCUUGCACCAAGCUAUGUAGGCAGGACAGUCAAAAUGCUGAUCUGAAGGCACAACCUUCAUUAGUUCAGCUUGAACUUGGUUUAGUGGAUAUAUUUGUGAAUCUAUGCCGGUUCGAAUGGCAGACAGGACAUCGAGAAUUAGCAACCGGGCUAUUUCAAGCUCAACUUGAGUUUAGCUUAUUCUCUCCUCCCCUCUCCCUGUCCACAAGCAGUAAGCAAAGGCUCUUUGAGCACUUCUGGAAUAGUGGUGGUGCCAGAAUUGGAGAGGAUGGGGCUCUUGGAUGGUCUAUGUGGUUAGCAAAGGAUGAGGAGAGUCGACAAAACAUGGUUAUGCAAGACAAUCCCCAAGAGUCUGAAGGUGGAGGCUGGAGUGGUUGGUUUGAUCUCUCUAGAGCAAAUGCCGAAACGGAUGAUGUUUCUAACAAAGCAAUAGAACUAUCAGCCGCUGAUGGAAUUGAUCCAGAAGACCCUGAUGUUGAGGACGCAUCUGCGCAAGAUGAUGUUGAAUCUUUGCUAAAAAAGCUCGGCAUUGAUGUAGAUGCCGAGUUCAGUAGUGAAGUUAAAGAUGCAAAAACAUGGAAUAGAUGGUCUGCAAUGGAGCUGUCGAGGGACAAUGAACAAUGGAUGCCUGUUCAUGAAAAGUCUGGAGUAGGAUCAAGUCGUUCUGAUGAUGCUUCACCUGGAGAAGUCAAUGAGCAGCUUUCCAGAGUAAUCUUGUUUGAGGAUGUAACUGAGUUUCUAUUCUCUUUAUCUUCAGAAGAGGCUCGUUUUUCUUUGAUCUGCCAAUUCAUUGAUUUCUACGGUGGUAAAAUUUCAAGAUGGACGUCCAGCAACAGUUCCAGUUGGCUUGAUAGAAUUAUGAGCCUUGAGAUGAUAUCAAAUGAUAUUUUGGAAGAUAUUAGCACUGUAUCUGAACUUGUUAACAAGACUCAAAAUUCAAGUCAUUAUAGAUUGGAGUUUUUAUUAGGGAGUAUGCACGAUCUUUCUCAAAGACCUGGCCUGGUGAAAUUUCUGCAAAAUGCAAUAUUGCUUUCCCUUGAUGUUUUCCCUCGUAAUCAUAUUUUGGAGGAAGCUGUCCUUGUUACCACCGAAAUGUAUACCACACAAAAGGACACUUUGUCUGCACCUGCUAAACCAUCACGGGCUUUGGCCAAAAGCUUGCUGAAGAAGGACAGACAGGAUCUUUUGCUUUGUGGAAUAUAUGGUCGUAUUGAGGCUAGGCAUGGGAACAUUGACCAGGCAAGAAAGAUAUUUGACAUGGCACUGUUAUCUACCGAAGGAGGUACACAGGAUCUCGUCAGGAAAGUUCCAAUUCUUUAUUUUUGGUACGCUGAGAUGGAGAUUUCAAUAUCUGCUUCAAGAAACGAUUCUGAUUCUGUGCAUCGUGCAAUUUACAUUCUUUCCUGCUUGGGGAGCAACAUCAAGUAUACCUCUUUUGGUGGUCCUAUAUCACGCCCGCUUGUAUUGAGGGCUCGUCAAGGCUUUAAAGAGCAGAUUAAAAGCUUGCGACCUGCAUUUGCAUGUGGUUCUUUGAAAGAAGAAUCAGUUGCUUUGAUUUGCUCGGCAUCCCUGUUCGAGAGUAUGACUUCUGGUUAUUCUUCUGGUCUUGAAGUGAUAGAGGAGGCCUUUCCAUUUUCAGAGAGUAACCAUACGUUGGAAUAUGAAGAGUUGUGGAUGUAUUACAUCAAUCUGCUUCACAAAAAUCUGACCAAGUUGCGUCUCUCAAGGGUUUGGCCGAACAUAUUGAAAGGAGUACAAACAUAUCCGUACAAUCCAAAAUCAUAUGCAUCCAUGUUAACUCUGGGCUGUCUUUACAGUGUUCCCAAUAAUCUGCGUCUCACACUUGACAAAUGUAGUCAAAGGGAUCCUUCCAUAAUUUCCUUGCUGUUCGCUUUGUCCUUUGAAUUGAGUAAAGCAGAAUCAUACAAUAGAAUACAUGGUCUGUUUGAGAGAGCUCUAGCUGAUGAUAAGUUACAGAAGUCUGUUGUAUUGUGGCGCUGUUAUCUAGCUUAUGAGGCGGAGAUAGCCUGUAAUGCUUCUGCGGCACGGCGUGUGUUCUUCAGAGCUAUACAUGCUUGCCCAUGGUCUAAACGAUUAUGGUUGGAUGGGUUCCAAAAAUUGAGCUCAGUUCUGACUAUGAAAGAGUUAUCAGAUCUCCAGGAAGUGAUGAAUGGAAAGGAAUUGUUUGUUCGCACUGACAUUUAUGAGAUACUGUUACAAGACGAAGCUGAAGAUGACUAGAUGUGUAUUCGGAAAUUUCCAGAUCUGUUCCACAUGGCAUGGCAAUUGUGUAGGCUGGUAGUUUUCAAGAUAACAACCAACAGCCAAAGUCACUUCUACCUUGCAGUCUUGGGCUCAUAAUACAUCCAGUGAGGUCUGCAUUCAUAUUGUAAAGUGUUACAAUCUUUGGAUCGUUGAUAUUGCCGAUUAUAAUUGUUCCCUUA